ACAGUAAUUAAUGUUUUGUUUACUCGCUUACAAUGUAAAAACAGAACUUACCGUGACCAUGUACAUGUAUGAACUAUAUUAAUGAAAUGUAUGAAGUUAUCUUUUAGUUACUAAAAUGAGGAUAAACUAUAUAAUUUGCGUUGUUAUAAUAUACGGAUAUGCAGUGGGAUUCGGUUUAGCAGAGACUAAAGCUGUCCGCACAACAACGCUUCACACAGACCUGGUUGAUAUCAUUGGUAAAAAUAACUCAUGUGCAGGUCACAUGCAUGAGAAUAUUUCAACAGAUGAUAAACUAUUUGCAAAGCAAGGGAUUGUUAUUUCAAACUACAAGUUCCACGACGUCAAUCUACCAGAUGCGGUUAUUAGUAAAUGUGACGUCAUCAACAUCCAGUCACAACAUUUUGCUAAAUAUAGCUGGACCUGCUUUGCAACGGAUAAUUCGACAUCACGUGAUCCAAACUGGUUUUUCGUCGACUGCCGAAGUUUCAAAAUUCUGUCUGUAAAGUGCCUGAACAUCAAAGAAGUGCCAACUGUGACUGAUAACUUGUGUCGAGGAAAAGUAAUAAAAGAACGGAACAAUACAUGUCAUGAAUUUUCAUACGGAAAGGGCAGGUAUGCAGUGUGUUCGCAGAACUUCAGUUUGAAAAAAAUAGUUCGCACCAAAUCCGUCAAACAAGCAAGCUAUACAGACAUUGAGGAUAUAUUGGCAUACCUAAGUGCUGCUUUCAUUUUGGUAACAUUUCUACUUGCCGUCGCGAUACCAUCAGAAAAAUGCAAGCCUACUUACAACUAUGAUAAAGAGCAAGCACUCCGAGUACCACUCGAAAUUUAUGAAAUGUAUGGUGUAAGCUAUCAACCGUCUGCCAAGAAAAAGCGAAAUUUAAAGUCAUUGAACAUGGAUGUUAUCCCUGCCGUUUCUUCACAUAUGAGUAACGUAGCUGCUGUUGCAAAUAAUCCGGUUAACUGGAAAGGAUACAAGACAAAGUUUAAUUUUGAAUACAAUCAACCACUAUUUCAAGCAAUGACAAGAGGAUUUGGAGACAAUAUUAAAGGUAAUUCAAAUUGUGAGGAAAAAAUAAACAAAGAAAUUCUCGGUAAUAAUGACUUUGAUGACAAAAGAAAAAGAGUUUCUAUUAACAGUAUCGAAAGCGUCGGCACAUUUGAUUACACUUUAUUUCACAAUGAUCCUGACCUAAGAUCGAACAACAUGACAAGUGAAACGUUCAGUGAUGAAGAACAGAAAGCAGCUGGCGAAGAGGGAGUGCAGGAAUAUCGAAAUGGACAUAACGAUAAACUAAGUCAAGAGGAACGCAAAUUAGAUAAGGACAAUGAAGACUUUAUCGCUGAAUUGACAAGUGCAAAGAGAAAUGUCAGCACACAUUUUAUAAGUUCUGACUAUGACGAAAAGCAUGGUUCUAGUUAUCAAAAUGGAUUAAUAAGUAGUAUCGAUGAAAAUAAUGAGACUGAUACAAAUAAAGAAUGUAAUAACGAAAAUGCAUUCAUUGAAAACUGUAAGGAUGGUGUUAAGGAUAAGAACGGGAAAGGUGACGAUGAGUUUGAUAAUGUUUAUGCUGAAAAAUAUGAAAAAGAAAAUAUUUUAUCGCCGAUUUACGAGGAUUCAAGGGAAACAUCCAGUUGCACGUGUGAUAACAGAUCGGACUUUGUCUGUUCUGACACUAGUUCCGUCAGUUCAAGCAAUAAUGGAGACGUUAUGAAUGUUAAAACAAUAACUGAGUAUCAAACUAUUGAAAUGGCUGAUGCUGAAGGAUACACGGAGAAUGGUGAUGUAAACAGCACUACAGACGCUUUGCGACCACGCAUCUCAAUCACAGUUGAAUUUCCGAAGAACUUUGGAAUAAGGACUGGAACGAAGAUCGAACAUAUCGCCGAUACAACUGAAGAGGGAGAAUGCAAAUAUAAUAUAAAGCGAAGUUUAAGUGCGACAAAGGCACCAGUCAGUGGUAAUUCCUCGCAGAUGUCUCGAAAGUUCAGUUUGUGUUAGGCAAUAAUUAUUAAGUUACUCUUUGUAAAACAUCACUACUGCAUGUUGUUGUAGGCAGGGAUAACUUGUUCGUGUAAGAACAUUUACCUUCAGACCACACCCCCUUCCUCUCCUCCCACGUACACACACCCGAUUGGUUGGUGGCCCCAAUGUACCCCGGAGGACUCAGAAACUAUCAUUAACAAGAAAACAAACAUACGAUCACGCUAUUUUAGAGCCUGUAAAAACAUUGAAUAAAUAUAGGGUGUACCAGUAUAAGAUUUCAUUAUCUCUAAAAAUAAAUGGCAAGGGUAGAUUUCUACGAAUAUAUAUUUACUCAGGAAAGAAUUAAUUUGUAUUUAUUAAGGAAAGUGACAGUCGAGUCGACUCCCUGAGGACACUCGAGUGUUUCUCAAAUAUUAAAAUGCAGGUUUAAAUGAUAAAUUUACAAUCUUUAAUUCAUUUGAAGGUAUGAUAACAGUGUCGUGUGUGUAUUUAAGGCAAAGGCACAUAUUUGUGAAAGUUUUUUUUCUUUUUUAAUACGCAACAAAAAUAGACAGUAAAUUGAUGCAAACCUAUAGGCAAAUUGAAUAUAUAUCUACGAAACAUAGCCUAACGGGGCUCAUCAGUCACUCCCAGAAACACACGUCCUUGUAACAGUUAUUUACAUUUAACACGCCUAGAUAUCGGAAAAUUCAUUCUGAAUUCUGAAAAAUAUAAACAUUUAAUGUGUUAUUAAGAAAACCUGUAUCUAUUAAAUCUCAUUUUUAAAUGACUUCAGAAACAUUUAUUUUCUAAAUGAUAUUUUUGUAAUAAUUGAAAUUUACGCGGACUGGCUUUCGGAAAACACUAACAGUUGUUAUAAAAAAAAUUAAUUUCAGCGAAAAAUAAACUCAUGUCUUUUCAGUAUAAAUUUAAUUCUACUAAUGCAGAUGAGUAGACGGACAGACGGACAGACGUGUUAUAAAACAAAUGGACGGACAGACAUACAGCCAAGCAAUAAGAUGACAACUUUUGACUUGGCAUAUAUAUCUACAAAAAUAACGAUCAGCACUUUUGCAUACCUUUGAUGUUAUUGUCAUAUAUACCUUUAUAGUCCGUUAAAUCCGUUGUAUGCAAUGAAACCAAUAUUUGAGUUGCCCCUCUAAAAGUUAAGAUUGAGUGGGAUUUAUGGAUAUGACAUUUCGAACGCCACUCUCACUCCCGCAAGGUCUACUCGAGGCCCAUUUGAGUGAUACUUACUAAAAUUUGAGUCAAGUGUGAGUUUGAGUGACAACUAUGAAUAUGGCCCUUAGUUGAGAAAACAUUUGCGAAAAUGCUAAUUAUUUGGCGUGUAGUUAAACAACAACAUUUUUUCUAACAGUAACUAUAACAAAUACACCUUGUGGAUCUGUAAUCAUGUAUGUAAAGCAUUGCUGUGUCUAUUGAAUAAAGUAUUUAUUAAAUUAUGCAGGAAACAUAUAAACAAGUUAUUGGUAUCAUUAUGAGGACUAACUGUGCCCCACUCAUUGCUGAUUUAUUAUUAUACUGUUAUAAAUGAGAUGUCAUGCUUACUUCUUCCACUGAGACCCAGUUUGGUGUUACUGAAGUUUUGAAAUACAUUAUAACUUAAUAAAACUACUACCUCAGGUUUCGAAGCGUCUUUUUUUGGACUUUGAACUUGCAUCUUACAACUAUUUACGGUAAUUUACAAACAAAAAUAUAUGGUAAGGUUUACGAUUUUAACUUUAACAUUGUCAAUUUCCCCAUCUAGUCGGAGAUGUCUCUUGAACAACAUCAUACGGUGCAUAUAAGUUACAAGGCAGUAAGUUAUUUGUUUUGCAAGAGCUUGCUUAAUGUGUUUUUAGUUAUAGAAUCUAUGUAUUACGAAAGGAAGUUGUUAGAACAGGGUUACCGGAAGGCUACGGAAGGUUUUUAUCAAAAUUUACCACUAAUCGUCAGAACUUUUAAAUAAAUACAACACAAGCCUUAAAAAACUUCAUAAAUUUGGUGUUACACACCCAGUAUACUACGGAAAAUUGAACAUAAUGCUUAUGUUAAAUCUAUUAGAAUAUUAUUUAAACAGAAUACUGCUCAAACAUUCUGAAACACAGUGCGUGUUUGAUGUUUGACCCUUCUACAAUUAAUUGCUACGCUUUCCUAUUGGAUAGUGUAAGGAGACUCUCUAAUGCUUUUCUCCUAUAUCUGCUUAUACAGACAGAGAUUAUUGUCUUUCAACUGCCUAGUCGUGCCCUUACAGUUCGUGCUCUUGGUGCUUUGACUUCAGACAAGUUGCUGAGUACAUUGGUGCGCUGAUACCUAGCCAUGUCCCUAUUUACAUAUUUUACUACUGGUAAUAUAAUAAGUAUGUUUUUUGUUGUUGUUUUUUUUUGUCAUUAAUGUCAGAGUUC